GGCGCCGCGUACACCGCCAUUGCCCGCGGUUCAGACUCGCGCCUGACAGCGAUGCGACUCGCGUGCCGCGCUCACUCGUGUUGUGGUGCUUUAUGAUGGUACGGCAUGAUAGUGCGAGAUAUGCGGACGUUCCGUGAGAGUCGCCACGUCCACCUCGCUGCAGCCACAAGUGGGCGGAGAGAGACGCGGUCUCCGCUGCCCAGAUAAAAAGAGCACUACGCUCGUACACAACGUGGGUCUCAGGGUGUGGUGAUGGAGUUGGUAAUACUGAAAGCGCGAGCCCAACUGAAUCGUCUCGUGUCAUCGUCGACAGAGCGGCGAGGCAAAGGCGCGAGCGCAAGCGGCGCGGGGGGAGGCGGCGGAGGGGCGCGGGCGGCGGGGCGCGCCCGCGGAAUGGCUCCCGCCGCGCCCGCGCCGGCGUCCGCCGCUCCCUGGCUCAAUGCCACCUACAACAUUACCAGGCUAAACGUUACCUUCGACUCCGACUACGAUCUCCUCAAUGCCAGCUCUCCAGACGAACAUAAUGUACACUGGUUUUGUGCCAAGUGGACCAGUGCGCAGCAGGACCUUUUUCAAGCAGCAAACCUAUGCUUCGCGAUCGCGUUCUUAGCGCCGAAGAGCUUCAAGCAGAGCAUCCUCGUGCUGCGCGCGCUAGCGGCGGCGGGCGCGGUGCUCAUGGGCAUGUGGGCCGGAGCCGAGAUCUGUGCUCCCGACGUGCUGGCCUGGAGCCUGGCGCUCGUGCUCGUCAACUCUAUACAUACUAUAUUCUUAAUCAUAAGGUUUCUUCCACCAGCAUUGUCACUCGAGCUGACAGACUUAUACCUGAAGCUGUUCAAGCCUCUGAAGGUGAACAAGAAACACUUCCAGGAGCUGACGCGGGAGGCACGCAUCGUGCGGUUGGAACCAGGCGAGGCGUACGCAGUGGAGGACGUCACACCGGCUGACGAGAGGCUCUCCAUACUCAUGAAGGGGAAAAUGCGCGUGAGUUGUGACGAAACACAUCUCCAUUACAUCCAGCCCUACCAGUUCGUCGACUCCCCGGAGUGGGAAGCCAACCGCGAGCAGUCCGACGAUGUCUUCCAGGUGACAGUGAUCGCAGAGGAAGUGUGCACGUGUAUCUGUUGGCCGCGUAUGCGCCUGGAGCGGGUGCUGCGUCACCGCCCGUCCCUCAAGGUCGUACUCGACUGUCUCAUAGGUAAAGACAUAACCCAUAAGCUGUACUCAGUGUCAGAAGGUCUGAGCGCCGGGGUGAGCGACCGUGAGGGUGCCCAGGGGCACCUUACGCGGUCUGCGAGUGUGGACGCUGUACACGAAGGUACGCGCGGCCGCCUGCGCAGCCUCGCGUGGAGGGCGCGCACUGCCGCCCCCAAAGGAAAUUCCUACUGGCAACCACUGAUUGCUCGCCAGUUCCUUCAGAAGUCGCCGUUCGGACGGUCCGGGUCGUCGCAGCCGCCGCGGCUGCUGACGCAGGUUUCGUCCGCCAGCCUGCAACCGCCGGCGCCGGCGCGACGUCGCAGUCCGCCACGUCGCUCGACGUCGUUCCGCCGCGGUCGCGAGGUGAAGUUCGCAGAGACGCCGGCGGCGCCCGAGCCCGUCGUGUGACGCGGGCCGCGGCUCCAGCCCGAGCUGGUGCCGCUCGUCGCGCCGCGUCCAACCUCCCCCGCAUGCCCCGCCACACCCCACCGAUAUCCCUGACCGCAGCUCGAGCGAACGAUCAUGCCGCAUACCACAGACUUUUAAACUUAUUAUUAUAACUACAAAUUACAAUUAUCCAGUCAAAAGCAAUAUAGCUUACAAGGAAACUUGAGAGAACUAAUUCCAGUAUAAUGCGUAGAAUAAGUAUCAUUUAUAAAAGAGCUUCCUGUAAAAAAUGAUUAAACAAGUGACUGUCACAGAAUAGCCUUAUCGUUCGCUCAGAUUUAAUAAUAUUAAGGACAUAAUGUACUGUGACUGUUGCAAGUGACAAUUAAGUGAUUAGAUGACCUUGUUGAUUUUUACGGGUGAUAGUGUUAUAAUUCGUUUAUAAAAAUUAUCGUGUGAGUAUUUAGACUAGCUUAGCGUUAUAUAGGCGGUAUAUUUACUGUGUUGCAAAAUGAUGCGCUCAAUUUAACAUUUGAUUCAACAGACCACCAAAUAUUGGCCAACCCAAGUAAUUGUUUUACCUGUUGAAUAUCUCACAACUGAGUGUAAUUAGUUUGGAACAAAAGUAUAUGGAAUUGUACCUAAUUGUAAUUAUUUAUUUAUCAGCUGGUAAUUGAAAUGUGGAAUUCUAAAAGUAUUUUAAUAUUAUAGUAAUUGUUUAUUAGUAAUAAGAUAUGUUGAAUUCGUGAUAAAGUUAACUGAUGGAUUUAUAUUCGAUAAAUACAGAGUAUUUUAAAUGAGAAAUAGUUUCAUGUAAGUACUUAUGCAUUUUUUUAACGAAUUUUCAAUAAUGCCUUGUCUACUGUUUGUUAAAUUUAUUAAAAGAUUAUUUUUAAAAAAAGUAUGUAAAAUAAAACUCUUUAAUCCCACACACUCAAUUAAAAUAACUCUGUAAUUUAAUCUGUAAAGACCUAUUUUCAUGCUCCUUGUUGUAUAAAUAAAUAAAAAAUACUGAUAUUGUUAACUUCAAUAUACUUACUCGUUUUCCUUUUACGCUCGAGAAUAUUUUAGACACGAAAAAAUGUAUUGCAUGUAUUAUACACAAUGUAUGAGCACUGAAAUGAAAAUCGACGUUGUGUUAGAUCACAGAACUGCAAACAAUUUGUGUCUAGUUGUUUAAAUUAUAAAAUAAAUUAUAUGUGGGGCCUAAUUCAUGGCAGUUAAUGAAAUUCAUGGCUUUUUUCUUAAGAUAUCUUUUAAAUCAUUGUUCUAUUACAUCGUUGUAGAUUUUUUUUUGUUUAAUCUCCUAAAUUCAUACAUAAAUUAAAAUGCACAAUGGAAUUUCUCUGGGAUCGCAAGUGUAAACGACAACGAAUGCAACCUCAACGGGGAGGCUUCAGUAUUGUGAAUUGUACCUACAUUAUAUUUGUGUUUUACUUUGAAUAUACUUAAUGUACUUAGAUGUACCAGGAUUAUAAAAAUUGAUUUUAUUGUUUAUCCAAAAUACAACGGAGAAGUUUGUAAGUUCGAGAUGCACAUUUGAAAAUUUACCCCACACGUUCUAUUUAUCAUUUAAAUACUAGUACAAGAAUUAUAUAAUCUGUGCUAGUACUAAGAGCUAAAAGCUUUUAGUCUAUGCUAUGUAUUCUGGUGGGUGUGCGGGUGGCUCAUCGUCAUCGCCCGUUGUAGUCUGCAACCGCGUCAGUUUCAUGUCGAUGUUUAGUUGAUGUUGUCGCUUCAUGGCUGUACGUGUCGGACUAGUAACAGUAGUGUUCAUAUUUAACAUACAUUUCGUCGGAAUAAGCCGACCUUUAUAAUAUGUAAUUUAUAGAUACCGUACAAUGAUGAAAUAAUAAUAUAUCUUCCAAUGUUUUUAGCGAAAAAUUGCUAAAAAGCGGUUCUCAUUGUACGGUCUCUUUUACGAAUACAUAUCGUUCUUCGUCUUGUCUCGUCUCGUUAGUUUUUCUCUAAUGAUGUAGUAGAAAAUGUUCUCGAUGGUCUGCUUUUACUUAUCACAGUGUUUUAACAACAACCCUUACCAACUCCAGAAAAUUCGUCAAUCACCAGAGGGAUGUUUUGUUUGUUUCUCUUAAAACAAAGCUAUCGACAAAGGGAACAUGACAUACAGAAAUGACAUGUCAUCACUAUAUUUACUGCAUGGAUAAUUCCAUACUUCGGUACCUACAUUAGUAGGUACCGAAGUAUGUACUUAUUAAAUCCAUGAUUUACUGAUUAUCUUAUUUUUUGUUUGUUUAAAAUUAGAGUCGAUAUACGACUCUAAUUUCCCUUUGCUGAUGAGCUUUUGGUAUAAAUAAUCAAAAAUAUUGGCCUUGCUCUUAUGGUGUAAUAAAAACAUUGUAAAAGGCUAGUGAAAUUUUGAUAACUAACAACUAGACUUGAAAUUAUAAAGUGAUAAGAUGUAAAAUUAACAACGUUGGCUAACCUCACAAAUUAUGUAUAUUUAGGUACUUUAUUCCCAUUGGCUUUAUGAAUCGAUUUGUUAUGUUAGUGACAUUGUAUUUUACGAGGAUUGGAGUGCCACAUGGUAGUAUGACUCGUUGAUUACAAACAUAUCGAGUCUAUUAUCACUAUUGGAAUUGCAAAUCUUUAGUUAUUAACAAAUGUUUAAAAUAAAUAAUAAUUAUAACUACUUACUAAUUUAAUUAUUCAAUAUUAAGUUGAAAUACGUUUGCUAUAUUCUAAUGCUUUUAUAUAAUAAUGUCUUCCAUUAUUUUAUCAACAGAAAAUCUGCUGACUGCUCUAUUCAGAAUUUAAACUGUGUUGUGACUUUCCUCAAUAAGUGAACUUCCACAUAACGAACGCAAUUCCAUAAAUAUUCAUAUUCCUUAAAACUAUAAAAAUCUUGCUCGACUAUUUCUGCAGAGAAGAUAAUGUAAAAAUUAAAAUAACAAGCAAGGCCCCGCAAUAUUUAUAUACUCUCAGUUAUUUUUUAUUCUGAAUUUUGCUAUUUGUAAUUAUAUAAGUAGGAGCAAGUUCUAAUGUAUAUUGGUAUUUAUUAUUUAACGCUUUAUCACAGACACUACAACAAUUAAUUUAUCAAAACAGGUACAUAAUAUCUUUUCCGAAAAAGGGUUCUUAGCUCGCUAUGUACAAACAUAAAUCUUAGUAAAUAACUUAUAAGUAUAUUGGCAGUUUCUUUACAAAAACUGUUACCACUUUCAUCUAAAACACUUUUGUAUGAAUUUGUGUAUGACAAAAUAAAUUUGCCCCAUUUUAUUUCCGUUAAGAUACUAAUAAAAUGGACCUUAAUUUAUCUAUUUUCAAAAAGUUUGUUGUGAUUUCUAUAAAUCAUAGAACUCUCUCUCUCAUCGAAUGGCAUCAAGAUUUGGUCGACCCUUUGGUCUGACCGCCUGAUUUAUCAACCGCCACAUGAUGACAGUGGAAAGCUCGUAUCUAAAACUAAUAACAACAGCCACAACACUAGCGCCUCUGUGAUACACGUUAGCUAUAGCUUAGUCGGUUAUGUGGCCGCGAUCUCUGUUCUCUUGGUUGCCCUCUGAGUCUCGUCGCACAUUACAGUUAUCGAUUAUUAUAUUUAUCCACUUUAUUAACAUGUUUAUUAUGUCUUUAAUAAAACAAUUGCUUAAGCCGUAGUUUUAUUUAUCAGUUGUCUUUUUCAAAUUCCACGUACUUUAAUUUUACUUAGACUAUAAUACAUAAUGUAUAUAGUAUAUACUAUAGUAAAUUUGAUAACUUUCUUAUCAGACUUACGUGUUAUUAUAAAC